GUGUGGGGAGUGUGUCAGUGUGUCGGAGACCUGCAGUUUGGAAGGGUUAGUGAGCAACACACACACAAACUUGCCCACUCAGCACACAUGCACACACACCCACACUCAACCGCGGCACGGGACGCCGCCGGACUCACUGGAAAAUGAUUCUAAUGAAGGGAAGGACAAUCAACCUACAGCAUGGACUCUGAAUCUCUGGACAACUGUAUUCAGAGCACGCUUUCCGCUCUCUACCCUCCGUUUGAAGCCACUGCGGCCACCGUGCUAUGCCAGGUGUUAGACGUGGUCGAGACAACAUACCGUGGGGACGGACUACGCUACAUCAUUGACUUCCUGGUGCCUGCUAAACACAUCCUACAGAGCAUUCAACAGGAUGCAUGUUUCCCAUACUGUGGUUUCCUGUUUCGUCAUGAGGGCUGGCCGCUGUGUGUCCAUGAGAAGGUCAUAAUCCAGCUUUCCUCUUUGGACUGGCGUGUGUUACGGCCCAGCGACUUCUACUUACAAGUGACGCCUUCGCCCAAAAGUCCCCCGCGCAUCACGGUAAAGUGUCUGGCAGCUAGCGGGCAGCAUGUGGAGGAGCUGGACGUGCCAGAGCUAGCAUACACCUCUCUGUUCACCAUGGAUUGGCUGGACUCCAUCAACCGGGAGAGGAGUGUGGUCAGAAAGGCCGCCCUGGAACACUGUCUUUUAUCAGCGGAUAAUGAUAUUUUUAGGGUACCGUGGGAGGAUAUUGUUCACCCGGAGUUUAUCAGCAGACCCCCCAAUGUUACAGAACAAGCUGAAAGUAGAGGGGUGGCCAAGGAAGUUGCCAACAGAGAGCAAAGGGACUCGGGCGUAGAUCAAGAAGACAACCCUGAGGAUAUACAAUGUAGGAUUUUUAUUGACACUUCUACGGACCAAUCAGGGGACAUGGACUGUCAGAGCAAGGGGGUUAAGCUCCUCCCUGCUCUCAGUGAGAUCAGUAAGGAUAGCAGUGGACUGAGCUCCAGCAGCACGGCAGAGGAUUCGGAGGGAGAGUAUGUGGAGCUGGCUGAUAUCUCCUUACCACGCUUUUCUCCACAGAAAGGCUCUCUCACUCAAGCCAUUAGCAUGAACUACAGAAAUCUACAUAAACCACAGACUGCGGCUUCUACUCAGCCUAAAACCAAACCAGAGCAGAGUUUUUUGAAGAAUGGCGCAUGCUCACAGAGCAUGGUGUGUGCCAUGCUGAUUGAGGAAAACCUGGGUGAUACCUACCAGCCUGUGAUCUUAACCCCCACUACUCCUGCAGAGAGUCAACUCCAGCAGGUGGACGGGUCUGAGCACACCUGUGCUGCAGGUACAGCCUUCUGUGACAAUGUGUUUGAGCAUGAAUCUGAGAGAGAGUCUGUGUCUCAACACUCUGACUGUCAUUCUGCUCCACUUUCUGAUGCGUCAACAUGUAAUAAACCACAAACAGACUGUAAACCAGUAAACACAUCACAACUAGAGAGCAGUCCAGUCAGCACAUUACAAACAGACAGUAAACCAGUCAACAAGCUAGUCAAGACAUCACAUUUAGAUGUUAAACCAGUGAGCACAUCUCAGCUUGACAGUGAACUAGUUAGCACAUCUCAACCUGACAGCAAACCAGUCGACACAGCACAACUAGACAAUGAGCCAGUCAAGACAUCACAAUCAGAUGUUCAUUCAGAACGCACAUCUCAACUAGACAACAAACUAGUCAGCACAUCACAACCAGACAGCAUAUCACAACUAGUCAGUGAGCCAUUCAAGACAUCACAACCAGACAUUGAACCACUAAGCAUAUCUCAACUUGACGACAACCUAGUCAGCACAUUACAACCAGACAGCAAACCAGUCAGCACAUCACAGCUAGUCAGUGACCAAAUCCAGACCUCACAACCAGACCAUAAACUAGUAAGCAUAUGUCAACCAGACAGCAAACCAGUCGGCACACCACAACUAGUCAGUGAGCCAGUCAAGGCAUCACAACCAGACCAUAAACCAGUAAGCAUAUCUCAGCCAGACCUUAAACCACUAAGCAUGUCUCAACUUGACGACAAGCUAGUCAGCACAUCACAACCAGACAGAAAACCAGUCAGCACAUCACAACUAGUUAGUGAGAUGGUCAAGAUGUCACAACCAGAUCAUAAACCUGUAAGCAUAUCUCAACCAGACCUUAAACCACUAAGCAUAUCUCUCGACGAAAAACUAGUCAGCACUUCACAACCAGACAGCAAACCAGUCAGCAUGCCACAACUAGUCAAUGAGCCAGUCAAGACAUCACAACCAGACACUGAACCAGUAAACAUAUCUCAACCAGACCUUAAACCACUAAGCAUAUCUCAACUUGAUGACAAACUAGUCAGCACAUCACAGCCCGACAGCAAACCAGUCAGCAUGCCACAACUAGUCAGUGAACGAGUCAAGAUGUCACAACCAGACCACAAACUAGUAAGCGUAUGCCAGCUAGACAGCAAACUAGUUAGCACAUCUGAACUUGACAACAAACAAGAAAGCAUAUCUCAGAUAUACAGUGAACCAGUCAACACAUCACAACUAGACAAUAAGCCAGUCGAGACAUCACAAUCAGACGUUAAGCUAGUAAGCACAUCUCAACUAGACAACAAUAUAGUCAGCACAUCACAACCAGAUAACCAAUUAUUCCACACAUCACAACUAGAAUGUGAGCUAGUUAGUAUUUCUUUACCAGAUAGCAAACCACUUGAUACAUCACAUCUGUACAACGUGCCACUAAACACAUCACAAACAGACAGCAAAAUAGUUUGCAUGGAGCAAUCAGACAGCAAAGUAACUAGUAUAUCACAACAAGAGAGUGAAAUGUUAUCUUGUACUUUAGAGAGUGAAAACUCAGAACAAGUUUCUCCAGCUAGUAUUGUUGUGUUUGAUCCUGCUGUAGAAUCAGACGUCAUAUGUGAAUCUGAGCAGGUUAGAGGUGAUAAUGGCCUGGAAGGCAUUUGUGGUUUGCAGAAUAGCAAAGUGUUGGUUUCUGAGCCUCUAGCUGUCAGUGUGUCUAUACAAAAACAGAGUGAGCAAACAGAGCACAGCCCAUGUCAGACACACAGACACAUCCAAACACCAUCUGAGCAAGUGCAUGAUCUUUCUGCCACAAAGGAAGACCAUCAAGCAUUUAGUAACAGCAGCUGCAGUGCAGAAUGUGGGAAUGUUUCGGCUGCGCCGCAAAGCGAACAGGUAGCUUUGGCCUCUGUCACCACGGCGCCUGAGGAGGAUCCAGUUACGCUCAUUUCACAGGGUCAGGUGAGGACAGAGUCCCACGAGGACAGAAACAACCAGACUGAGGUGGAACCCCAGACAAAAGAAGCACAUGCAGAAAGAGAAGUAGCAGGAAAGUCACCUUGUAAAGAGGGAGAAAUGGUAGAAAAGAAAAGCACUGAAGUGACAGAAAGCAAAACAGAGAAUGCUAUAGUAGCAGUUUGUAAGGCUGAGGCGACUGCUCAAACAGGUCUGGUAGAUGCCACACCCAAGUCUGAUUCCAACGUUCAAGUUCAAGAGGAGGGCAGCUCCUCAAUAGGAACAGAUGAGAAGAAACAAACCAGUGUUGAGCAGAAAGGGGUGGAGGAAGAGGAGACCGAGGGCAUUACUGUCAAUGAGCAAGAGGACAUAGUGAGCAGCUAUUCUCAAAAUAGAGACCAGUCGGCAUGCAAUCAAGUCCUUGAUCCAGCCGCAGAUGUGCCGAACACAAAUGGACACAUGCAUGCUCAGGACACACCUACCACUGAGCGAGAAGAGCAAAAAACAAAGAAGCAGGAGGAGGAGAGAAAUGGGGAGGAGAGGCAAGAGGAUGAGGUUACUUCCUCUGUGAAUGGCUCUCCAGCAGGGCAUCAGCAUCAAGCAGACAUGGAGACCCAUUACCAUCAGCAGGAAGAGCAAGCAUCCAGUCAGGAACUAGACAGCAUUGUUUCCCACCUGUCUGCUAAAACCCAAAGCGAAGACCUCUCAGCAGUUCCUCCAAUACUGCCGCCCAUCUCUCAGAAGGCCCAGCCUGUCCAGAGUGAGGCUCAUGACAUCAAUCCUGAUGUCCUGAGCUCAGGAGUGCUCUGCCUGCCUGGAACGAGAGAUAAAUCAGGCCAUGCCCUUGUGACAGUAACAACGCGAAACACCAUCUGGUUGAAUCCAAACUGCAAUAGUGGAGAGCUGGUGCGGAUCAUGGUCUACUUCUUCAGUACACUCAGGAAGGAAGUUAGUGCUUUGGGACUGACUGUCUUGGUGGAUGCCCGCAGGUGUUCUCCUGUCCCCGCCCUAUUUAAAGCCUUCAACAUCCUCCAGGAAGCCAUGCCGGGAUGCAUCCAUACAGUAUUGCUGCUGGCCGACAGAGAUCUGACUCCACGUGUGGAGAAAACCACUACUACGCAGGUGGAGUUGUUGACAUCGCUCAAGUCUCUCUGUAAGCAUGUGGACAUCGCUCAACUCCCAACUGAGUUUGAAGGCACUUUCCCUUAUUCCCACAGCAGCUGGAUCUGUUUCAGAAUGAGGUUGGAGCAGCUGACCAGCCAUUGUGAGGAUGCUGUGAACCUGCUUCAGAAUGCUAUCAGCAAACUGGAGUCCACAGUGCUGCCACCUACAGCAGAGGAGGCACAGAUCUUAUUGUGUAAGUACAGAGAGUUGAUGAGGACUGUUCUGGAGGACAGCAGGUUGGUGCGCCUACAGUUAGAGGGAGGAGCCGCCCUGUCCCGUUUGCGAAAAGAAGAGACCAGCGUCAGUCUGACAGAGGACUACAGAGAUUCCAUCGAGAAUGCGGGCCUUCUGUAUAACCAAGUGGACGAGUUGGUUCACAGACUGGUGAUGCUGUCCAACAAAUGCACACAGGAACUGGAAUUCAUAAUGGAGUUUAAGACUCUGGAGGAGGGAUUCAGAGAGGUGAGUCAGUGGAUAGAAGAAGUGGGCGAGUCUCGUCUGCAGACACUGAGUGAGCUGGAAGAUUCCUUGGAGCAGUUACAUCAUAAACAGACUGUCUUCAGAGAGUUUUACACAGCUGCAUAUGAGCACUGUAAGAGCGGUGAAGCUCUGCUCAAACGCUUAGAGAAGUGGGAAGACGUCUCUUCUGCUGAGCUCCAGGUGUACGAGGUGAAAGUACGCUCAUUCUGGGUGCAUCUACAUGAUUUUUCCCAGCGAGUGGAGGAAACCAAGGAUAAAAUUGACAAGACUGUUCGACUCUACGAGUUCUUUGACAAGGCAUAUGAAUGGGCGCUAGAGGGCAUGCGUCAUUUGGCAUGCGUUAGUAUGGAAGAGUGUGGCAUGUCUGAGAAGUGUCAAAGUGUGAUCACGUGUUUGGAGACCUAUCGCAGUCAGCACCCCCCAAUCCCAGACACUCACUUCCAGGAGAUGAAGGACCUCGCUGGGGAGCUGAAGAAUGAGCAGGGACUCAAGCAGUGGAAGUUUGCCUGGUCCAAGUGUCAGGAGACCAAGCAGAUGUUUGAAAAGAAGCUGGAGAUGGCCCUGCGCACCCGCCGCGAGAGCGACUCCAAAUCAGCGAGGGGUGAAUCCUCUCGCCGGAACUCGGACUGUAACGCUAAACCUCAGGAGCGUAGCAGCAGCAUCUCCUUCUCGUGUCGAAAAGCGUUCGGCGGAGGCUGGGGCCGGGACAGACUUUCCUCACACUCCAGCACGUCCUCAACUCCUAGCAGUCCUUCAGGGAUUCGCAUGGACACCCGUGACUCUGCCCGAACCCCAACAGGAACUCCAUACAGCAUUGAGCAUAGAAUUCCCCACAGCACCCCUGUCAGAUCCAACAGGCUAACACGUAGCAUCUCCACAGACGAGUCUCCGCAGCGGCCACAUCUGGAGGGGCAGGCGUGUGCUACAAGCCCAAGCCUCAGCUCUAUUGAACCAAACCGCAGGGUUUUGCGGAAAACCCAGAGCUUUGAUACGGCCGGUAGCGAGUCUGUCUCACGGUAUGGGACCUGUCAGAGAACUUUGAGUGAGCCUGCACGAAGAGGAAACACAGGGGUGUUCAUCAAGGGUCUGGAGGUGAGCAGCACUGAAGUGAUUGAUCGGCCAUACAGCCCGCGACUACCACCCAUGCAUGGAUGGUCUUCUGUUGAUAUACACCGCAGUGGGAGUCCUGCACCAGAAACGCGCAGCAAGGGCAGCAAACUACGCCACAUCGUAGAUGAGAUGGUAACAACGGAGCGGGAAUAUGUGCGUUCUCUGCGGUACAUCAUUGACAACUAUUUCCCUGAGAUGGAGCGUGUUGACCUGCCACAGGACCUGCGGGGAAAACGCAGCGUCAUCUUCGGAAACCUGGAGAAACUGGUCGACUUCCACAGCCAGUAUUUCCUGAAAGAGCUUGAGAGCUGCUGCAAUCAUCCACUACGAGUCAGUCACUGCUUCCUGCGACAUCAAGACCAGUUCAGCCUGUAUGCUUUAUAUAGCAAGAACAAGCCAAAGUCAGACACACUUCUGGCCAGCCAUGGAAACAGCUUCUUUAGGCAUAAGCAGCUGGAGUUGGGCGAUAAGAUGGACCUGGCGUCGUACCUGCUGAAGCCCAUCCAGCGCAUGAGUAAGUACGCCCUGCUGCUGAAAGACCUGAUCAAAGAAGUGAGUGAAGUCCAGGAGCAAGAACUAGGGUACCUACGGGCUGCCGCAGAGAUGGUCAAAUUUCAGCUUCGACAUGGAAAUGAUCUGCUCGCCAUGGACGCUAUCAGAGAUUGUGAUGUGAACUUGAAAGAGCAGGGGCAGUUGGUUCGGCAAGAUGAGUUCACAAUUUGGUAUGGCAGGAAGAAGUGCCAAAGACACGUGUUCCUGUUUGAAGAUCUAGUGCUGUUUAGCAAACCCAAACGCAUUGAGGGUGGCCUAGAUGUUUACAUAUACAAGCACUCUUUUAAGACGGCUGAUGUGGGUAUGACAGAGACGUCGGGUGAGAACGCUCUGAGGUUUGAGGUCUGGUUCAGGAGGAGAACUUCAAAGAACCAGACCUACAUUCUCCAAGCCAGCACCGCCGAAAUUAAACACGCCUGGACCUGCGACAUUGCACGGAUACUAUGGCAGCAGGCCACGCGGAAUAAAGGUGGGAAAGAAAAACUGAAGCAGUUGAGCUUUAAAAUUCGAAUGCAGGAGAUGGUCUCUAUGGGAGUUGGCAAUAAACCCUUCCUGGAUAUUAAACCCAGUGAUGCUGCUAUCAAUGACAGAGCCAUUGACUACAUUAUGAAAGGCAGAGGGGCCAGGACGAGAGCCUCCAUUGCUGUCUCGCUUUUUGACCACUCAAACCCAUUCAAACGAGCUGCAGUAAACACUCCUGUCAGCGGCCCCCCGGUGUCUGGUGGCCCCUCUUCUUCCACGCUGCUCGGGCCCUUGAAUCUGCAUAUGUACAGCAGCCAAAGCCUGUUAGCAGGGGAGAGACCUCUCAUCAGCCCCUGUAUCGAGGAAGACGAGCUGGAACACGAGACCAGCAGUCAGCCAUCUAUGACUACAGAGAGCUCAGGGUCGUCGUCUCACUGUCUGUCAGGUAGUGGCUCGAGCGGGUCAGACAGCGGAUGUGUGUCCAGUCACCUUCCCGAGGCUUUGUCCGAAGAGCCCAGCUCACCGUGCGACUCCUCCUGUUACUCCUCCAUCACCUCUCCCACCCAGGAGAAACCCUGCUUUAACAGCCAGUACAUUUCAGCGGGGGAAGCUCAGGUGAUUGGCCCCUCUACUAUAGUGUGAGCUCAGUAACCACUAUUGCAGUUUAAGACCUGUCAACUCAGAUUGAGAAGAGACCGAAGAGGAGUACAGAGCUAGUAUUUAUUGUUCCCAUUGAGUGCCGGCAAAUCUCAUGCAGCACUCAAAAUAGCACUGUUUCUCUUUUUCUUUUUUAAGCCACUUUUAGCUUCAAUAGCUUUUAUAUAAAUUUAAAAAUGAUCUAUAAAAUUGAAUAAAUAUUCUUGUAUUUAUCUUCUUUUCAGAUGUUAAGAUACAGUAGUGUUCUCAGCUGUAUUAUUAAGUGUAAAUACUGUAGUAGUGUACAAAACACUUCUGAACUGUUUCGGUUAUUCAGUUCCCACUCUUUUUGUUGGUAUUGUUGUUGCCCACUUUGCUGCAGACUUCAGCUGGUUUGAUUUAGAAAAAAUGCCUUAUUGUCAAAGGGCAUGUUUAGAUUUCUAAGCAUCAGUACACAGGUGUUAAGCAAUGUUUGAAGCAUUUGUUGUAGAGUUUCUGUUCUUUCUAGUGUUUCCAUAGUUUGUGGACCUGUAGUCAGUCAGUAUGUUGUAUGAUGCAGAAUCAGAGAGUGUUCUUUUAUAUGAUACGACUGACCUCAGGUCAGCUCUGCCCAGCACUGCUGCUCCUGGGUGCUGGACUGUUUGGAAAUGGUGAGAGUUUCAUUUCAGUUCUCUUAUUUACAUUAUUAAGUAUAACAAAAUACAACAUGUAAAUUGUAAAUAGGACAUAGCGUUUAGGAAGUAAUGUUUAUACUUGUAUUAACCAGUCAACAUGGGAAUCACUUAAGUGCCAUUCUUUGUUGCCAAGCCCAAUUGGAAGUGUACAAACAAAAGAAAAUAAUAAUAAAAAAAGUGUUGCAAGUUCUACUUCAAGCCGAAGCAUGAGUAUGUACUCAAGUGUUUCAUUUUUCAAUCUUAAUAAGUUCACACGGAAGUAAUAAAGAUGGAUUGCUUUGUA